GAAGAAGAAGAAGAAGAAGAGGACAAAAGGUGCGUAAGAUUGAUAAGGGUAGGCCAGUGCAAAGAGGCUAACAACAUGACGGACAUCACUACGGAAUUCGGCCCUCGCAAGACCGUCUUGAUACUCGCGAUUGUCGCUGGAUGCUUUGCUAUGCUGUGGCCCAAGAUUUUUUAUCCCAUGUUAAGGGCAUCCGUCGUUCCACCGCACUCGACGGCCGACAGUUCCGGCUGUUGCGAUGUGAUAUUUGAAAACGAUGUGACCGCCAUUGACAUAAUGCAAGAACUGUGUCAUAAUAUUAUAAAGCACCAUGACCAUGUCGAUCCAAGGGUAAGGGAUGCUCUUUACGUAAGCAAAUUUAAAAAAUUGACACCUUCCAACAUGAGAUUAUGCAAGGAAGAAGUACUCGCUAAAUGUGGCAUAAAUUUGUCCUCUUAUUCGGCCGAAAAGGAACAGUUAGAGAAGUUCUACAAGCAAAUUUUAGAAGAAAUAAGAGGAUCUAAUCGUUCGUUGUGUAUAGAGUCUGAAUUUGGAGUGCCGUUGUCUAGGCUAGGGAUGCCCCAUCUUAAUAGAUAUCAUAUCUUAAUGCCGCACAAUAAUAUAAAGCAGGAACGUCAGACGCCGCCCCACGCUGGAAGCUAUCAUCCUGCACUUAGGGAGCGAGGUAGAGCCAUUCCAUCGUCUCACAUUGUGCCAAGAAUUCAAGACAGAUCCGAUCACUUGGCGCCCAUGAAAAUGAGACCGCCUCUAGGAGGUGCGGGUCACGUGGUUGCAGCACCCAAGGGAAAUGGUUCCUUAGGACUUCUUAUGCCAUUAUAUACAAUUGGGAUUGUAAUCUUUUUUCUCUAUACAAUGUCGAAGGUACUUAUGGGAAUCGUCGUACCACUUUAUACUAUUGGAAAUGUUCUAUCUUUGCUCUAUAAAAUUUUCCAGGUAUUAAGAAAGUCCACGGACAAUGAAAUAAUAAGUUCAGAAUAUUCGACCACUGAUGCUGAAAGAGAAUAUCAAAAAUUAGUCUUCAAUCCGGAUGUAUUUGCCGCAGCCGUAACCGCGGUAAAUGGAACCCAAGACGAACAGGAAGAAACGUACACCUCGUCAUCGACAUCGACGGAUCCGCCUCCAGUAAUUGACGAAUUGCAAGAACAUCAAGCACGCAAGUCUAUUGGUCUGGCAGCUGGGGUCAACCCCAUUCUAAAGGAGCCGAAUUUACUUGAAAAACCAUGCAGUCAAGAUGAAAAGGAUUGCGAGGACUCUCAUGAAUUAUCAUCGACGAUCAAAGUUGUUAAUAUGGAAAUGACUACAUCGUGCGAAGGUGGAGUUAAAUGCAGUAGACCGAGCACACCGAUUAUAAUGCCACAUGGUAAUGCUGCAGAGGAGAAAGAAAAAACACCACCGAUUUCAAUUUAUUUGGAAGGUGCACUUCCUCCACAAUGUGACCUACUCGUAACAGACUCGAAAAUACAGGAGAUACAAGAGCAAGAAAAUGUGGAAGUUCCGAUCGUUCUUUCCGGCAAAAUGACACUAUCUCUCAUCAACCUUGACCAGGAAUCCCAGGAAAAUAAUCUACUUGAAUCCACGAUCGCAAGUGAAACAGAAAAUAAUGAGAAAAUUUUUUUAAGCGAAAUAAACAUAAUUACAAUGGAAAAGCUAAAGGGAGGAGAAGAAACAGAAGAAAUUUAUGAAAGGAGUAGCAAAGAGGAUGAUGUUGAAAGUGAUAAAAACAUAGAUGACAGAUAUAAGAAUAUUAAUAAAAUUAAUAAUGACAAAUCAUUAAGUGGGAAACGUAAAAAUUUGGAAUCUUUACAAGAAAAACAUAAUAACAAGUUCAAUGAAAGUAUUACACGCGAUACGGAUAAUGUUGUCAACGAUAAUAAUGUAGAUAAUAUAAAUGAUAAAAAUGAUGCAGAUGGUGACAGUAAAGUUCAUGAUAACGUUUACAGUGUUCACGAUAAUAGCAAUAAUAAUAAACUAUCUCUUAAUGUAGAGGGAAUGGGGGAGGAAGUCGAGGAGGAAGAUGAGAACGAAUAUGAAUUAGAAUAUAAAAAUCAAAAAGACAGAGGGAACGAACAUAACGAAGAAGGUGAAAAAGAAUAUGAAAAGGAAAGUAAAGGCGAGAAAGAAGAAAUUGUAAAUGAUUCUGAAGACGAAAUUGAGGAAUAUGAGGAAGAAAGUAACGACGAAGAAAAAGAAAUUCAAGAUGAAGUUGAAAUCGAGAAUUAUGAAGAUGAUGAAGAGGAAGAUGAAGAAGAAAUUGAAGAAUAUGAGGAUGAGGAAGUAAAUGAAGAAGAGGAAGAAAGUGAAGGAGAGGAAGAAGAAAAAGACGAGGAUGAAGGAAAGGAAGGAAAUAUGAUUGCAAAUGGUUUUUAA